CUUGUGUCGAGAACAAAAGGGGAUGAUUAUGGAGUGUAGCCGAGGUGGAAUUUAUCGUCUGUUGGUGGUUAUUGUGACCUUGAUGCUGGCGAGUGUUGUUGUUUCCCCUAAUAUAUAUGGUUGUUGGGGAGGGUGCUUCAAUCAGUGCUUCAUCGGAAGUCGAAAGACCCCAUCAGAGAACUUCACAUGCCAUUUGCAAUGUUUGUGUAGUUGCGUUCCGAAGUCUGGUGCCGAUAUCCAGUACUAUUGUCAGAUUGGUUGCUCGUUGAAACGUUGUGUUCUCGUUAUUUAUGAUGGUGCACUAUUGGAGAAAUGCUUCGGGAAGUGUACCGACAUCUGCAAGACAAUUAUCUAAUGGAGAGACCCUCGGGAUCUAUGCCGAAAUCUGCUAAGUAUAGGAGUCUCUAACAUGAUGCAAGCUUCUAAUAAUGUAGACCUGUGUUUGCAUCGAAUAAGUAGUUUCAGAGGUUUUAUUCUAACAAUAAAAUGAAGAAUUCUCUCUUCGUGACUC